UUGCGCUCUUAGUUUUCCGUUUCCACCCGGACGGCAACGCACGUACCCCGUUCGAUUGUUCGCCGCUCCCGCGCACACGUUCGUCCAACCCCCCCCUGGCCGCGCCGUUCUCGCAACCAAAGUGAUAUCCGCGACCGGCGGAUAACGCGUUGAUGAACAUCGCGUCCGGACAGUGCCACCGGCGGCGAACUGCUAUCCGCGUCCGGGUCACGGAUUUUCGUCGCGGAGCGCGCCGGCUCCGGUACUAACGCGUCCGUUCGGCCGACGGGUCCGGUCCGCCCCGUCGUCAGUAGUGCUCGUCGCCGCUUGACGCGCGCACGUUUUUAGGCACGUCGGUGGUGCGGUCGCCGCGCGCGCGAUGCCGGCCAUCGUAGCCAACGAGCUGCAAGACAUGCAACUGCGAGCGGCCCACGUAACGGACGAGUCCCUGGAGAGCACCCGUCGGAUGAUCGAACUCUGCGAAGGGACAAAGGAAGCAGCCAUUAAAGCUCUGGUGGAGUUGGACGAUCAAGGCGAGAAAAUGGAUAGGAUCGAAGAAGGCAUGGACCAAAUAAACGCGGAUAUGAAGGAAGCGGAGAAAAAUCUGACCGGCAUGGAAAAAUGCUGCGGUAUUUGCGUGCUGCCUUGCAACAAGUCGACGUCUUUUAAAGAAGACGAGGGCACGUGGAAAGGAAACGAAGACGGCAAAGUUAUAAACAAGCAGCCACAGCGUGUGAUCGAAGGACCUAACACCACACCCCAGGGCGGAUACAUUGUGAAGAUUACCAAUGAUGCUCGGGAAACGGAGAUGGACGAAAAUCUAGGGCAAGUCAAUACGAUGAUUGGUAAUUUGAGAAACAUGGCAUUGGAUAUGGGUUCUGAGCUCGAAAAUCAAAAUCAACAGAUCGAAAAAAUCAGCACAAAGACUAAGUCAAAUGAAGUGCGGAUUUCGGUGGCUAAUCAGAGGACCAGAAAUCUUCUUAAAUAAACAUAAUAUCAAACGCGUAAUCUUUUUGACGGAUCUGCUCUAUUCGACGUCGUCAUAAAUAAAAACUAUAAUAGGAUGUUUUUCAUUCUGUAUACCUACUCAUACUUCAUGAGUAAAGAUCGUGUCUUCCCUGCAUACAUUAUGUUUUACAGCGUACUGCAACAUAGUAAUAGACUUAAGUAUAUUAUACAUAAAUAUUUAUUUAUAAGCGUAUUACAUGUGAUCUUUAGUACUAUCGCCGCUUUCGUUUAAUAUGUAUAUGUAUAUGAAACAAAUUCAUUCACGAUAAUAAUUGUUAAAACUCUCGCCUAAUUGUACCUCUACAUGUUUACAUUCCAAUACGUGUCAAAAAUAAUUUUUUGGUGGACAGUUCUGGAUUUUUAUUUACAUUGACUGCGGGAGAUUUAACGGUUUUCAACAAUUGUGUUCUUUUUUUUUUAACGAGUAAAAAUACAUCACUCUUCUCUCCUCUUAA